AUGAAGUUCGCCUCUCUUGUCGCUUUCGCCGCCCUCGCAGCGGCAUCCCCCAUUUCUCCAGCUGCUCUUUCUCCCAAGAUUGAGGUCAAUGUCGCAGACAUCGAGGUUGGGGUCGAGGUUGGGGUCGAGGUUGAGCUCCAGACCCGUCAGCUUGGCUUGUUCGAAUCAACCAGCAAUGACCUUCUGGACGGAAAAGCAACAGCCUGUCCAAAAGUCAUCUUCAUCUUCGCUCGUGCGAGUGGAGAAGUCGGAAACAUGGGCCUCAGCACCGGUCCCGCUGUCGCCACUACCCUGCGGUCCAAAUACGGCGAGGAGAACGUCUGGGUCCAGGGAGUCGGUGGCCCAUAUACGGCUUAUUUAUUCGCGACUUCUCUACCAGACGGUACAACCCAAGAAUCUAUCAAUGAAGCCAUUGGCCUCUUCCAGCUAGCCAACAAGAAGUGCCCCGGCACGCCCAUCGUCGCGGGCGGAUACAGUCAAGGUACCGCCGUCGUCGCUGGCGCAGUCUCUAGGCUCCCCCGCACCAUCCGUAACCAGAUCAAGGGCAUUGUGCUCUUCGGGUACACGCUAAACCUGCAGAACGGUGGUGCUAUCUACAGAUAUCCUAGUGAAAACUUAAAGGUUUUCUGUGGUGCGUUGGACCUUGUGUGUCAGGGCUAUCUUAUAGAGUCCGUUGGGCAUUUCUUCUAUUACCCCGACUCUCUAGGUCCCGCACCAGAGUUUUUGGAGAGCAAGAUUGAUAGGUACUAUACUUAG